UUUUUCAAUUAUUUUCACAUGAUUAAAUGUUUUAUUUUGGCAUUUAAUUUUGGCUAAUUGAAGUUUAGUUGUGCUUGCUUGUGCUUCAGGUAAUUGAAAAAUUUUGUACUUACUUCCUAGUGUAUUUCAGUUAUUCUGAAUCUUUCUUCGGAAGACUUGGGGAUUAAUUUAAGUGCCAAGCAUAAAGAAAGAAGAAAUUAAUGUUUGCGACGCAAUUCAUUCUCAGUCUUGACUCGUCAGUCGUCACCGUUUUCCUUCAUUCUCUUCUCCCCUGGGAUUCUCUCAUCCCAUUCACUUCACUCCAGUACACCGACCCCGCAAUCCGCUCAUACGCCGUCAUUUCCCAUGAAUUAAUCCUCCAUUCGGCUUUUUCCUCUUACCAGCCAUUUCACCAGCAGCUCUCUUCCCUUCUUCCAUCUCUUCCACUCUGUGGUUUGUAUAUUUGAUUCCUCCAAAAACCCAGGACCUUGAGAUAUCUGGAUUCUCCAUUUAAUUCAUUCAUCCACGGAUUCCUUCACCGAAAAUCAUCUAUUCAUCUCCACCUUCAAUUCCACACGUCCACAAAUCCAUUUCCCCUCGGCUUCCACCACAAUUUCUAUUCAUCUCUCCAUACAGCGUCUGUGUCAAUUUGUCUUCAACCAUGCCCACCACCAUGUGAAGUUAUCGACUUUGAAGAUGCCAGCACCCAGCACUGUACCAGUCAUAGCUCAGCGAAGCAUCACCUUCGGAGGACACGUGGCGUAAUCCCAGCGACUUCAUCGAUCCAACGGUUCACAUCCGUUUGCUUUACAUAACUUCGCAGAUCCCCUGCCUCAUUGUAUCCGGACGUCGGGAUCAUCCCUCUCCGUCAUGGUCGUCUUUCGUGGAGCUAUCUCAGAUAAAUGAAUUUCAAGUUUCAGAUUACCUUGAAACCAUCUUCUUCUAAGAAUCAGCAUCAGGUCUCAUGAUGGACGAGGUUGUGCAAGAGGUUGAGAAGGUAAAGAGGGAAUGGUACGAGACGUACAGUAAAACGCAAGAGCAUAUAAAGGCAAUUGGAGAAUAUGGGAAACCAGGGAGAUCCGAGGAGAAAAAUUCGCUUCCCAGGCUCAAUGGGAUCGCUCAGGAUGGAUUGGCAUUGCUUUCUUCCUUGCAGUUCAGGCUUGAUCUUCUUGCUCCACAGUUGCCCACUGACGAAGAGGUCGAAUCUGCUAGCACGGUGCUUGAAUCCUGGAAAACCCAAAGCCAGAGUUUGCGAUUAAGUCUGAGGAAUGCGAAUCUGCAAGCAAAGGAAAAUAUGAGGAAAGCUGCCCAAGAGGAGAGAGAGCUACUUCUAGGUGGUGGAGGAGAAUCCACCGUUCGCAGACGCAACUUACAAACAAAAGUUGGGAUGACAUCUGCUGCGGAGAGCAUCACAGAAAGCCUCCGCCGAACUCGCCAGUUGAUGGUUCAGGAGGUUGAGAGAAGCACUAGCACACUUAUGACAGUUGACGAAUCAACGGGAGUAUUAAAGAAGGCUGAAAGUGAAUACAAAGGGCAACGCUCUUUGUUGAUGAGAACACGAAAUCUGCUUUCUACAAUGCAACGUCAAGAUGUCAUGGACAGGAUCAUACUUGGGGUUGGCUUUUUCUUGUUCUCCCUUGCUGUGCUGUAUGUUGUUUCCAAGCGGAUUGGACUGCUUAAAUUGCAGAGAAAGGUUACUGAAGCCGUGAAGGCUGGUUUGGUGGGGCAAGUGGAUUUGAGACCCCCAGCUGUUGCUGAUGAUAUGAAUCUCCAAGUUAGGGAUACUCGGGUUCAUAAUGCAGAGGUUUUAAUGCACGAUGAACUUUAGGUCUCAUUAUACUUAUUUUUUAAAAUUUUUCUCGUGGUUUUUUUGGUUCAGGGAAUUUUAAUUUAGCUAAAGAGGGCUUUAGAAUAUGCAGAAUAUAAAGGUUCCCCACUUGUUGAGAGAUUUUUUUUUUUUUUUUGGUUUGGCCAAAGAAUAAUUUUUAUAUUGAUUUUCUCACAUCAAGUCAUCAACCAUGAAACUUGAAAUCUUUGCAACUAUAUUAUUGUUUUGAAUAUACAAUCACCUAUUUAAAUA